AUGCAUCUAUUCCUCAUCCUUUGCGCAUUUGGAAGCAAUGUGGCCGCCUUGGCUGGUGGCAGAUCCCCUGAGCUUCGAGUCAUGACUUCCUCUGGUUAUUUGAAUGGAAUAUAUAACGAUUCUGCACACACAGUACGGGCGUUCAUUGGGAUUCCAUAUGCAGAAUCCCCAGUUCAAGAACUGCGAUGGGCACCACCACACCCCAAAUCGCUAGCCCGAACCCCCAUCGAUGCAUCUUCCUUCAGAAGUCCCUGUCCACAAGUGUAUACGUACUCCAAUGAGUCUAUUUGGAGUGUUCUUCCGUGUAAGAUAUGGAACUCUGGCGACACGUCCGAAGACUGUCUGUAUAUGAACAUUUGGGCACCCUCUAUCAAGCAUCGAAGCUACAGGGGACUUCACAAAGGAGCUGUCAUGAUGUUCAUUCAUGGAGGAAGCUAUAGCUCAGGGGGUAGUUCAGUUGCUUACUACGAUGGCACGAAUUUGGUACAGAACCACGAUGUCAUUGUUGUUACCUUCAAUUAUCGCCUUAAUGUCUUUGGGUUUCCUAAUGCUCCAGGCAUCGACCCUUCCAAGCAAAACCUCGGGCUCCUGGACCAGGUAGACCUUGAACGUCGAUUGGCAAUCGAGUGGGUUCGUAAUAAUAUAGCCAGAUUUGGUGGUGAUCCAAAUAGGAUUCUGUUUGGUCAGUCUGCUGGGGCUUCUUCAGCUGAUGUCCAUGCAUAUGCAUAUCCAGAGAAUCCUCUCGUCAGUGCAUUUGCUCUUCACUCUGGCACCGCUCCAUUGCUGGCUACGGCACCUAAUCAUAAAAAUUGGAAUGAGCUACCUACUGCUCUUGGAUGCGCGGGAGGCCAAUCUCUCCAAUGCAUGAGCCAGGUUCCAACUAUGAAGAUUCUCGAAGCAAUGGCUCAGGGGAGCAAUAACUUUUACCCCAUUAUAGAUAAUCUCCUCGUCUUUUCCGACUAUGCCGCUAGGGCUAAAAUGGGGAAAUUAGCACGAUUGCCAACGUUGGCAGGGAUUAAUGAGCGUGAAGUUUCAGCUAUAGUACCGUUAAGUUUUACAUCAGUCAAUGAGACAGCAAUCUAUGAGAUUCGACUGAAUGAGCAUGUGCCCACUUGGAGGUAUCUAUACCAUGGGAAUUUUACCAAUCUUAGCCCAACUCCAUGGCUUGGAGCAUACCACGGGGCUGAAAUACCUAUUGUUUUUGGAACCUAUAAUAGGUCCAUGACUAUCCCUUCGUCCGCUAGGGAAAUUGAAGUCAGUCAAUACAUGCAAGGAGCAUGGGUUACGUUUGCUAGGAACCAUUGGACGGGACUCAGCCGAUAUGUAUGGUCAAGGUUCAGCUUCGAUGAGCCAACCCUGAUUAAUCUCGCUCUAAAUAACUCGGUGCAGGCAAUAUUUACUUCUGCCAAUUCAUGGGAUAGCUAUUGUGAAAGUCACAUUACUCGAUCUGAACUAUGA